CACAAUUUCGACUUCGAGAAGCUUCCAACGCAAACAAAUUUCAAAACACAACGACACACUAUUUCUAAGAUGAUGUACAGAGCCACUAUCCUCGUUGCCUUCUUUAUGGCUGUUGCUACCAACGCCGGCAUUAUCGACGAACCCAGCAACCAAGCCGGAGUCACCCGCCUUUUGCAAAAGGGAGGGAAGGGCUCCAAGGCCCCCACCAUGGCACCUACCAAGUCUACCAAGGGAACCAAGAAGGGCACCGUCUCCGAAGCCCCUUCGGCUUCUCCUUCCGCAGCACCUUCUGCAUCACCCACAGGAGCACCAACAGGUGCUCCCACGGUCGCCCCUACCGCCUCAACCACCUUUUUGGGCACAAGCAGUUCCACUGCCUAAACGUUUUAACGAUCCGAUCCGAUCACUCCUGUCUGCCCGCUGAAACGAGACCAGACGAAUCGCAGAUCGUACAUGGGCUGGACUGAUUUGGAAAAGGAGAAAUUUAUCUACAAGUCUAAUCACAAGUCGAAAACAGAAGGCAACGCCAUAUUCAUGUAACUAUCACGCCAGGGUGGACGGAAUAGGCUGCCAACAGUAUCCUCUCCCCCACCCUUAGUGAGUUAACUCAUAAAUUUAUAACGAAGUUGACAAAAUGUACACACG